GUUACCUUGGCGACGGCGAGGUUAGACUGAGCGGCUGCUCUGGCAGCCAAUAGAAGCCGGAAGAGGGCGGGCCUGCAGAGUCCGGUGCGGCCGUGGCUGGGCCCGGAGGUGUCCCGUCUUACUGGCCCAGCGAGCCUGAGUAAGCAUGAAGCUCCUAUCUUUCGUGGCCGUAGUCGGCUGUUUGCUGGUACUCCCAGCUCAAGCCAGCAAGAGUUCUGAAGAUAUUCGGUGCAAAUGCAUCUGUCCACCCUAUAGAAACCUCAGUGGGAACAUUUACAACCAGAAUGUGUCACAGAAGGACUGCAACUGCCUGCACAUCGUGGAUCCCAUGCCGGUGCCUGGCCAUGACAUGGAGGCCUACUGCCUGCUGUGCGAGUGCAAAUAUGAGGAGCGCAGCACCACCACCAUCAAGGUCAUCAUCGUCAUCUACUUGUCAGUGGUGGGUGCCCUCCUGCUCUACAUGGCCUUCCUGAUGCUGGUGGACCCUCUGAUUCGGAAGCCGGAUGCGUACACUGAACAGCUGCACAAUGAGGAGGAGAAUGAGGAUGCUCGUUCUAUGGCAGCCGUCGCUGCCUCCCUGGGGGGACCCCGGGCUAACACAGUCCUGGAGCGUGUGGAAGACGCUCAGCAGCGGUGGAAGCUGCAGGUGCAGGAGCAGCGGAAGACAGUCUUCGAUCGGCACAAGAUGCUCAGCUAGAUGGCUGGCACAGUCGUGCAAGGACUGGAAGUGGUGGCCACCGGUUUCUAGUGCUGGACGGAGCCAGGGGCUGCAUCUCCUCCGCGCCCACUCCCCCAAUGCCGCUCUUCCCCAUCACCCCCUCAAAGCCUGCGGCAUUUUUCUUUCUCCUCCCUCUAUUUAGAAACAUGUAUGCAGCUGAUCAAAUUAGGGAAGAGUGGUGGGGUCUCUAAUCUAGUGUGCCUCCUCAGGCCUUGGGGGUUGAGGGGCCAGAAGGGGAUAGAGACGUUUCAGAUGGAUCAGCAUUGGAUGGCGUUGGUCUCUCCUUCCACCCCUGUCACCCUUCUAGCUUCAGAUCUUGGGGAUUUGAUUACCCUUUUGGAAGAUGGAGCUGGGUUAUCAGGAACUCAGCCUUUGGAAGGAAAGCAUGGCCCACAUUCAGCAUGUCCUGCCAGGCUUCUUGUUACCACCUUCCUCCCAAGCCUAAUACCUCAGCCCCAGCGUGGCCUGGUUCUGGCCCUCAGGGAUGGCUGAUGGGAAAGCUGGAGACCUGGAGGGUCAUCCUGCCUUCCUCCUACUGACCGUUCUUCCCCAGCCCAUGGCAGUGCCCAUGUAUUCUUCAUUCUGCUGCCUGUCUCCUCACUCCCACUUAAGCAGGCCUGGGCAGCCCCCCACCUUCCCCAGCGCUGAGCCAGAAGGUUGGACCACACGACACCUAGGGCUGAGCAGUGGAGCUGAGCACUGUAGCGCCUGUCCUUGGGUCGCUUAUCCCUGAGUUUCACUGUACCAGUGCAUGGAGAGAAAUGUCUGUCUGCCCAUCGUUUUAGAGUUGUCUGUAAACCCAGGAAGCAAUUAUUAAAUUGUCUGACUUCUCUUGCUUUCUGGACUUUAGGGGACUAAGAGAGUGUUCCCCAGUGACAUGCUAAGUGCUGUGUCCCAGCAAGGGGGCAGAGAGGCAGAGCCCACAGUGGGGUGCAGGUGAGGCCCUGGACUUGCAGGGUUCCCGUUGACCUGGCAGGAAAAGAGACUGGCAGGCAGAGACAGCUGCCUGUCACGGGCUGCCUUCACUGCGUGAAGGACAAAAUGAACUGGCCCUUAGGAGUUAUCCUGGGAUUGUGUUUUGUCUAAGUGGGAGAUUCCCCCAAACCUCGGAACAGUCCUGAUACUAUCCUUGUGCCUCACAGUUGCAGCGAAUGGUUCUCAUUGCAAAACCCGUUAAGUGUCACAAAAUGAGGGGGUUUGGGGUGGGGGGGCAGCCAGGAAAACGGCUGCCGUCCAAGCAAGGCAGAAACAAAGCACCUAGUGGGGCCUCAGGCCUGUCUGGUCUGAUGGAAGUUUCUGCCCUCAAGGGUGUCUAAAUAAACAUGUAUUGAGAA